AUGUAUAACAACCGCUCCCACCCUCUCCUCCAGCAGGUUCCUCUGACCGUCUCCCCCUUCAUCUCCUUACCCACCGCCACGACCCUGUCCUACAACUACAAGGCCAUGCCCUCGGCCCUGCCCCCCUCCGCGACGGGUGUCCCUGCCGCUGUGGCGGACAACACCGCGGCUGGGAGCGGCGGCGGCAGCAACGCGUCGGCGGACAAGCCAAAGUACGUCAUCUCACAGUCGGGCCACGCCGCCCACCCGGACGACAUCAUUGCCUCGUGCCGCGCGCUGCAGGAACACAUCACCAAGAUGCAGGAGGACGCCGAGCGCGACCUGCGCGACCUUGAGAACAGGAUACAGGAGCGAGAGCUGGCCGAGAAGAGGCGGGUCGCCCCGGGCUGGCUGGACAGCGAGGCGCGCAUCUUGGAGCCCGAGAGGGCCGCCGGCGGCACCGUAUCCCCCGAGUCCGACGAGGCGCGCCAGGCGAGCGAGAUGCCGGUAAAUGACCAGGGCGCGGAGCUGGACCGUGUGUUCGGGGGACUGAGCAUGAAGUAA